GAAAUGCGACCCUCGAGGCCCGGGGUUGCUCAUCCCUGGCAUAGAGGUAUGAUUUCAUUUGGAUUUGGCACAUGUCACAGUCUGACGUCAGGUAAAGGGAUUAAUAUGUGCUGCAGAAAUGUAUCAGAUAUAUCUUCAAAAAUCCUAUUAUUUCCAUAAAGUUAAUGAAUUCCAAGGCCAUUCUGUUUUUCAAAGGGUUGACGUGUUAACUUGUAACUUCCUUACUUGUCCAGUAACAAUCUUGAGGUUACUCAGUGUUGUUUUUGCUCAGAGCAUUUAUUCAUGAACUAACAUGGCCGGACAAAGACCUGCGAUGGAGACCGGCGUUCUUUCUCUUUCCCAGAGGCAGGCAGACAGGCUGGAGCAGGAAAAAACCGGAGCUGCGCUCCUGUUUUCUGGAGUCUUCCUGUCCAUGGUGGGGGUCACCUUCACUGUGAUAGGUUGGCAUCACUUCCGAACCAGCACCAGCUUUCAGUGGACCCAACUCCUGGGUCCCAUCCUGAUUUCAGUUGGAGGAACCUUCACGGUCACCAGCAUUUGCAAAUUUAGGUUAAUCUCCUGUUGGUACUGCAAAGAGCAAGAGGAGGAGGUCUUUGUUGUUCCUAUAAGGGAACCACCGUCAGGGAGACCUACCGUUGUGGUCCACGGCAUCAAUCAGCCGGUUAUGGUGCAGGGCACCGCAACAAUGGUGUGUAUUCCACCAGUGUACAACUUCCUAACCCAGGAAGUCAUUGAGGAGAAUGAGGAGCAGCCUGGUAGCUCUGUGGGAGGCGUCCAUGCGAGCCUCCCUUCAUAUGAGGAUGUGUACUGUUUGGACAACGCAGCUUUUACCGCAGAAGGCGACGCAGAAGUGGGGUACAGAGGGAGUCGGACGGAGGGUGAAAGCGGACGCGGCCAGAAAAGCUCCACCUCUCUACAUCCACCUGCGUACGAAGACAUCUACCCCUCCUUCCAGAAACACAAUCCAACAUAAACACGCAGCAAAAGCUGCGGAGGACCUCCCGUCUGUCUUUGAUUAUUCCUGUUUCUGUCUAAAAAUAAUGUGAAACUGAUUCCACAACCUGUGCUGUAUUUUCCAAAUAAACCUACAGAAUCUGAGGUGUUUCAUUCACAAGAAAAACAAAAGUGACUUACACAGAUCCUGCCAAGUACCAUAAUAAUUUAGUAUGAAGUCAUGAAACUCACUAAGAUUAGGCUUCCUGCAAGAAAACCUCAUAAAAUGAAGAUUUAUGGAGUUCUGCUCAUUUUGAAAGCUUGAAGGUUUUAAAAAUAUAAACUCUGUGUUUAGUAUUAAAAACACACAUUCAUCCUGUGCCUGUUGUUUCUCAAUUGCUGCUUUCAUUGCUGGUGAAAAUGAACAUUUCAGCUGAUUGGUGAAACUGUUUUAAGCUGAAAACCUCUGAAUUUUUACACAUCAUUUUCCUCAAAAAACCCAUUGUUUUUUUUUUAUUGCAUUAAAAAACUUUGCACUAGUA